AUGAUAUACCUAUCAUGUAUCCUUGCUAAACGUGUGUUGAACAGAAGCCUGGAAUUGGGUAAAAUCUAUAAUCAAAUACAAAGAACAAAUUACCCGGUUUGUACAGCAUUAGCAAGAAGUUUUUGUUCAGCGGACAAUUUAAAAUUACCGCCUGCUGCGACUCUUAUACAAAAUGAUGGGCAUGGAACGGUAGUGCUAUUGGGAACGGUGCAUUUCAGCAAACAAUCAGUCGAAGAUGUUUCUGAGAUAGUAAAAGUAUUGAAUCCAAAUGCGAUUCUUGUGGAAUUAUGUCGGCAAAGAGUGUCACUUCUAGAGCUAGAUGACAAAAAGUUUUUAGAAGAUGCCAAAAAUUUUGAUGCUCAGAAGUUAAAAGAAGCGGUAAAAGGUCAGAGUUUUGUAUCUGGUAUGCUGCAUGCAAUGUUAUUAAAAACCUACGCUGAUAUCGCAAAAGAGCUAGGAGUCGCACCGGGAGGAGAGUUCCGCAGAGCUUACCAUGAGAUGAAAAAGAUCCCUGGAUGUAAACUAUUCCUAGGUGAUCGACCAAUACAAAUAACAAUAGCUCGAGCUUUUCAAUCUCUAAGUGUAUACGAAUUGGGACAAGUUAUGUAUCAUCUUACGACGUCAAACCCAAAACCAUUAGACAAACAACAGCUGGAAAAAUAUAAAGAUCGCGAUUUUGUCCAAGCACAAUUCGAGGAAAUAACAAGGGAUGUGCCGGCAUUUAAAAAAAUAUUCCACGUUUUCGUCGAUGAGCGGGAUAAGUGUCUAGCAUAUUCGUUGCAAGAAUGUGUUCGUUCUGUAAACAGCCCACGGGUCUUGGCAGUGGUGGGUAUGGGUCAUGUGGAUGGCAUUGUCAAAUAUUAUGGUAAAAUGAAACAGGAAGACAUUGUGCCGCUACUGUUUGAUCAGGCGAGCAAUUCACGGACUUGA